GAUAUUUCGCGAGAGCAGCCAUCGCAAAGAGAAAGCUGAGGAAGAAAAUUUCUGUUAUGUCAACUUAUGAGUGAAAACUAUUUAUAAUGUGGUGAAAAUAAGCUUCGAUAUUGUGCGAGCGAGUUUCUUCCCCCCCGACGAGCGAAUCACGGACGCGGCGCCGCGGCAGCCAUGAAGAAGCUGUUCCUGAAGAACCAGUCGUCGCUGCAAACCAACUACAUCGGCAAGGAGUUUGCGAUCGGACGACAUCGGGUCACCGUGGAAGAUGUCAUCGCUGAGGGUGGCUUUGCGAUCGUGUUCCUCGUGCGCGGCGGAGUGACAAACAAGAGGCUAGCCCUGAAGCGCAUGUUCGUCAACAGCGAGCUCGACCUGUCCGUAAUGAAGCGCGAGAUCCAGAUCCUGUGCCAGACACCGAUCGCACACCGCGACCUCAAGUGCCAGACACCGAUCGCACACCGCGACCUCAAGUGCCAGACACCGAUCACACACCGCGACCUCAAGGGGAAGGAGAUAUUCUGUGAUAUCUGCGACGCUGUGGCGCGUCUCCACCAGUGCCAGACACCGAUCACACACCGCGACCUCAAGGUCGAGAACAUCCUGCUGGACACCCGGCGCAACUUCGUGCUCUGUGACUUUGGGAGCGCGACGGCGAGACAGCUCAACCCGCAGCAGCUCGGAGUCCAGAUCGUCGACGACGAACUGCAGAAGUACACGACGCUCGCCUACCGCGCUCCUGAGAUGGUAGACCUGUACAGUGGCUAUACGAUCACCACGAAAGCCGACAUAUGGGCGCUCGGGUGCAUGCUCUACAAGCUGUGCUUCUUCACGACUCCGUUCGGUGACAGCACGCUGGCGAUACAGAACGCUAGCUUCACCGUGCCGGACAACUCGCGCUACUCCCCCGACCUGCACCGCCUCAUACGUUAUACGUUGGAGCCGGACCCGGAACGGAGACCAGACAUCUACCAGGUCGCCCACGUCGCCUUCAAGAUCGCAUAUCCUAGCGUGCAGUGCCCAGUCAAUAACCUGUUUAAUGUGUCCGUUCCUGACCUCAGUAAGUUGGCACUGCCGCUGAGCGAGACCGAGUCAAGAAAGCAAACAUCGAAAGCCCUCAGGCCGACAGCGAUCCAGGUGGAGCAGGGUACGUCGGUGGCGCCGCGGCGGCGCCCGAAGGCGUCUCAGGCGAACCAGGGCGGCGCUGGACUGCUCACGAAACUAGCGGCGAUCGCCGGUAAACAGCCACAGAACAACGUCACCCCCACCACCGCCGCCACCGUCGCUACCGCCACCCCCCAGUUACCUGUUAGUGACUCGCCAGCCACCACACCGCCGCAGACGGCCGAAUCCCCAGAUCAGGUGGUCUCCGUCAGCCAAUCGCCCGUCACCCCGAGCGUGGCGCCGGCUCCAUUUGUUGCCACAGCGACGGUGCCUACGUCCGUCGCUGUGGCGACGGUGCUGCCGGUUGCCGUGGCGAAACCCGUCGUCAUGACGGCGGAGGAGUACAUCGCUGCUCAGCAGAGAGAAUACGAGGAGUUCAAGCGGCAGCUACAGAACGUCCAGCAGGUGGCAGCACAGCAACAGCUGACGCCGGAGCAGCGGCAGAACCUCGCCCAGCAGGUGGCAGCACUGAGGGCAGCUCAUGCGGCCGCCCAGGAGGCGCUGGCGUCCCAGGCGAUGGCGGCUCAGGAGAUUCUUAAUGCUCAGACGGACCAAGUGGCAGUUCAACCUAGCUCCCAGUUCACUCACGAGCAGCAGCAGCAGAUGCUACAACAGCAGCAACAACAGCAACUCCAGCUACAACAGCAGCAACAAGAGGUGGCAGCACCGCAGCGCGCGGGGCCGCUGACGCCGGCGCAGGCGAUGUACGUCGCGUCGAACUUUGCGAGCGACGCUCAGACGGCUCAGCGGCUCGCGCAGCGUCUGUUCACCGAUCCCGAGCUCGCCCUCCGCUACCUCACCGCGAUCCAGCAGAGGGCGCUAGCAGCCAAUCAGCAGGAGCAGCUGGCCGUGCCGCAGGAGUCGCGUGUGGCCGAGGGCAUUCUCUGUGACCUGUCCCCCGACCUGAUACGCAUGGAUCCGUCACCUGUCGUAGAAGUGAAGCCCUUCUCGGAGGAGCUGCUGUCGCUCGCUAGUCAGAAGGGAGUCAACAUUCCGGAGUUCGAUCCGCGCAAGGAGGAUCCACCGCCGCAGCCGCAGCCACCGUCGUCGAGAUUCAGCGACGACUUCAGCGCAGCGACGGUGGCCGCGGGGGCGCCACCGUCGGGCGUCGUCGCGCAGUCGCAAGCGCAGCCGCCGCAGCGGCAGAAGCACCUCUCAGCGACAUCUGUGAUAUCUGGAUUCAGCGACGAUUUCAGUAUGAAUGCACAGGCCAGUGGUGGCGCCACCGUCGACCCGGCUGAACCAGCGAUCGGCGAGCCCGUUGCCGCGGCGACCGCGCCGCGCGAGAAGCCGCAGAUCGCGCCCAAACCAAAGUCGCUGCUAGGGGGCACUGCCGUGCACGCCGCGGUGGCGUGCGCGGAGGAGCAGCCCCUCGUGGCGGUUACGCCGCCGGAUUCGCCACCUGGUGGCAAGACGCACAGACGCAACCAGAGCGACACGGCGGCGCUGCUGGGCGAGGCGGGCAAGAGCAAGAGCGCAUUCAGAGCCUACAACAGUGACAUGCUGGCGCCGUGCGACCCCUCUGCCUCCUCCGCCGUCACCGUGACGACCAAGGCCAAGUCGGCGUCUGCGUCGCCGGCGACGUCUCCGCAUGCCUCGCCGCAGCGCGCUCUCUCCGCGGACGUUAUCGAAUGGAAUCCGUUCCAGGAAGCGGACAACUUCGGAGAGCUGAACGAGGACGUGAUCUUCGGCACGGAGUUCGACCGCAUUCGCCGCGGCUCGACGAGCAGCACAUCCAACGUGAAGAGCAGGGAGAGCCUGAUCAUGAACGAUGAGCCCUCGGCCGGCGAUCCAUUCAUUGGCGCCCCCUUUCUGAAGAAAGGUCUGCGCUCGGGCAGGGGCAGCAGCGGGGGUAGCAGCGACUACCAGCAGAGUGCGCUGUCGGCGGGCAGCUCGCGAUCCGUGUCGUCGAGCGAAGGUGAGGAAGGUGGCGCCACCGGCGACGACUCGGGAGACGAUCUCGACCGUGACUCUGCUCGAGGAAGAGGAGGAGGAGGAGGAGGAGGCGGCGGCGGAGGAGGAGGUGGACACCUCUCCCCCGCUGAUCGACAUCUAGACUUCGACAGCGCCCCCUACCAGGCAACGCCGAUGUCCGACCGCUCGAUGUACGUGAAGUUCCCAGAGUCGCUGCCGCCAGAGGGCGCCGACGUGCGGCUCGGCGCACGAUUCGAGAAUCGCCCGAUCAUCGCCGACCAGGACGCGUCAGGAAACUCGAGCGACUCGCCAGAAGAGGGCGCCGCCUUCCGGUCGCCGGGGGUGACGGCGGACGCGGACGGCGGCGGCGGCGGCGAGACUCACUUCCUUCCGUUCAUCAGUGCGCGAUUGCCGAAGAGCAAGAGCAUGCCAGAUGGCGCCACGUACGCGGCGCUCGGCGCCGAGCCACUUCUCGCAGAUGCCGACGCGUCGGACGACGACGGCCACCAGGGGGCGCGGCCUGCCGAGGCCGCCACCGUCGUCCGUCAUGGCGUCUUCGGCGCCAUCUUUCCGAAGAGCAGCUCGACGAUCGGUAUCGUUGCCGCGACGACGCCACCUCCGCCGCCGACCGACGACAUCUUUGGUGCUGCCCCCUUCAGGCGAAAGACGGCGAGUCUUCAGCGUGGGCGGCGCUCCGCCGACGACCCGUUCGCCGGAGCUCCGUUCCGCGGAACAAGCGGCGCCGCGAAGGGAAGGCCGCCACCACGCAACAACGUUGUCGCCGCGUCGCCGCCACUGCGCCGCACGCCACCGCUCAGCAUGAUGGCGCCACCAGAGUUCCGAAUAGGAGUCACCUUUGCUGGCGUGAAGGUCAGAGGUUUCAGCUUUUGA